GGCACUUGGGGUAGGGGCGGGCGGGGGUGCCCCGAGCUGAUGGUGCCUUCUUCGCCAGUGCCGCAGCUGCUGUACGGAGGGAAGCUGGAUUUCCUCGUCUUCGAUUACCUCUCCGAGAUCACCAUGUCGCUGCUGACGGCCGCCAGGGCCCGGUCUCCCGUUUUAGGUUACACUCCGGAUUUUGUCUCCACUGCCAUGGCUCCCUAUAUAAAAGAUAUUCACAGGAAAGGUGUUCGUGUCAUCAGUAAUGCUGGUGGAGUUAAUCCGCUUGCUUGUGCAGCUGCCCUUCAGGAGGUGGCAAAGAAAGCAGAUGUUGAUUUGAAAAUAGCUGUUGUUGCUGGAGAUGAUCUGAUGAGUGAGAAAGAGAACUUAAAAGGAGCUGGUAUCACUGAUCUAGAGAGUGGCAAACAAUUUCCAGAGAAUAUUCACAGCAUGAGUGUGUAUCUUGGUGCAAGACCAAUAAGCAGAGCUCUAGACCUUGGAGCUGAUAUUGUUGUGACUGGCAGAUGUGUUGACAGCGGGAUUGUUCUAGGCCCACUCAUUCAUUCUUUUGGCUGGAAUAGGGAUGACUAUGACUUGCUGGCUGCGGGAAGUCUUGCAGGUCAUCUCAUUGAAUGUGGUGCUCAGUGUACAGGUGGAAUAUUCACUGAUUGGCACACAGUACCAGACUGGCACAACAUAGGCUUUCCCAUUGUAGAAUGUUCCUCUGAAGGAGACUUUAUUCUUUCCAAACCACCAGACACAGGGGGACUAGUCUCUUUUGGCACUGUAGCUGAGCAGUUGGUGUAUGAAUUGGGCAAUCCUCAGCGCUAUCUUUUACCAGAUGUUACAUGUGACUUUUCCCAGGUUUCCAUCACUGAAAUUCCAGGUUUUGAUGGUGGAGCAGUGAAAGUUUGUGGAGCAAAAGGAUUGCCUCCUUCAACAUUUUAUAAGGUAAAUGCCACUUAUCUUGAUGGCUUCAGAGCUACUGCUGUCUGUCCAGUGGGAGGCCCAAAGGCAGUACAAAAAGGAAAACGCACUGCAGAAGCUAUUCUGCAAAGGACUCGUCUUAUUUUCAGUCAGCUUGGGUAUGAAGAUUACAGUGCAGUUAACAUACAGGUUUUAGGGUCUGAAGAUACAUAUGGACCUCAUGCUAGAAGGAGUAUAGAUGGUCAGGGACCUCGGGAAGCUGUUAUUUGGCUUGCUGUACACCAUAAACAAAGAGAAGCUGUAGAAGUCUUCUCCAAAGAGAUUGCACCAGCUGGAACUGGCAUGGCCCCUGGCCUCACUGGAAUUGUUGGAGGGCGCCCCAGAGUGUCUCCCGUUUUGAAGCCAUUUUUCUUCUAUUAUCCCAAAAGCAAUGUUCAGGUCAACCUAUUUUUAAAUGGGCAGCAUGUUGAGGUAUUUGAGGAGGAUCUCACAUUUACAUCAGAUGAGGUGGUUUCAUUUGAUCUACCCAAGAUUAGCAGUGAAUUGACAGAUCUGCCAAGUGGUCCACAUACUUACCGCUUAGAAGAUCUUGCCUAUACUAGAAGUGGAGACAAAGGCAAUUCUGCAAACAUAGGUGUGAUAGCACGGCAUCCCCUCUACUAUCCAUACCUAAAGAAAACUUUAACUGCUCAAGCCCUGGAGAAUUACUUUCAACACCUUUUAGAGCAUGAGAAACCAGAAGAAGAACUAGUAACAAGAUACGAGUUACCAGGAAUCCAUGGAUUAAAUUUUGUUCUGAAGAAUUCCCUUGGUGGUGGUGGUAUAGCCUCCCUAAGAAGUGACCCACAGGGUAAAGCAUUUGGACAGAUGCUGUUGGAUUUCCAGAUUAAAAAUGUUCCUGAUUUAAAAUCACUGAUAGAAUAACAGGUGUUUUAUAUAUAUGCUUUGAACACUAAGUGGUAUAAAUACAUGUUAUAAACAAGAACUGGCUUCUUGAAUGAGAUUUGUUUAUAAGGUUGAAGAGUAGAAAUUUGACAGUUAUGUCUCUCAGGUUUAGCUAUAUGGCACAGAUUGGCAAAUGUUUUGAAUAAUACCAGACUAAUAGCUUUGUCUGUGCCUGAUAACAUUUCCUGUCUCGUUAAUACAGUGGAUGAAGAAUCAAUUUAUUUCCUGAAAAAUAGAAUUAAUCAAACUGCAACAUAACAUUUAAUUAUGAGACAAGGUAAUCGUUAUUUCAAGAUGGAAAUUACCUCCUGUUCCGUCCAUCUCUCUUUUCCUUCUCUCAUCCUUUAUUUGCAAACUGCUGGGACUGCUGUCCUGUCUUCUGUGUCUGUCUUGUGCACUGAGUGAGGCUGGGGAACCUGCUCUGCACUGCUGGGAAGGCAGCACUGCCUGGUACUGGGGAACAGUUUUCCCUGCUGGGCAAUAAAGAAAAGUAAUAAUUGGUACUGUUAUACAGUGACUGGUCAUAAAUGCUGACCUUUGGUGGUGAUCCACCAAACUUCCAGCACUUUAUCUGGUUAAUGACAGACUUUUUUUUUACAUCUUCCAAUAUCUUUCACUAAUUAAUCCUUCAGUUGAAAGCACUGAGUAGUAGUAAAUUGCAGAUCUUAGUGUGGUAAUAAAUUUGAAGAUGAGGAAAGGGGAGUCUGCCUGCUCACUCCUUCUUGUGGUGGUGCAGUCCUGGCAGGGGUAAAGCAGGCUUGGGUGGUUUUCUUUCAAGGCUAUUAAAUCCUUGAUUUGUGCAGCAGAGUAAUGCCUGGAUUAAGUUUAUUUGACUGUCAUUUGCAUUGCCCUUCCCACAAAAAGGUGUCUUUGCUGUGACUAAAAACCAUGUUGAAUGCAGUGUAUUCUUUCUUCUGACUCCCAGUUAUCACCUCUCCGUCUGCCUUCCUGCACAAUAUGAUUAGCAUGUUCAAAUUGGGAUACCUCUGAACUUCAUCUCAUUAAGAAGAGACUUAAAAAUCUGUAUCAGAUUUCCUGGGACAAUAGCAAGAUGGAAAUUCUGAUAACUGUAUUUUCUCUGCAGAAGCUGUAAAAAUAUUACUCCACGUGUUCAGGCAUUUUAUAUUCAGAAAUUAAUCAGUUUGUUUAUUUUGGGGAGAUUGUAUUAAUUGUUUAGUACUGACAAAAUGAGGCAUUACUAACAGCAGACAAAGUUAUGGAAAUAACUACUUUUUUAAUUGUCACCAAACCUAUCUGUUAGUUCCUACAUUUCCAGUGCUAUCACUGUUAUUAAUUUCCUAGCCUCUUGCUUGCUAAUGAGGACUAUGCAGUGAAUUGUUCCCAUGUUUUCUGUGCUUUUGUUCAUUUCAGUUAAAGGCAUCAUAAAUGAAUGCUGUAUCCAUCUAAACAAUUAUUGCCUGAGCAAGUCGUAGGUACUGUCCAUGUGUACAACAUGAUUGUCAGGUUGUAAAAAAUAAGUCAUCACUUCAUUUCAGAAAAAUAGCGAAGUUAAUAACUUCAAAGUGAAAAUGGCAUGCAGGUUUUAUUAUGUUUACAGUUGUUUGUUAGAAAACUCUCCUUAAUAAUUUGGAAGACUGCUGAGAGAAGUAAAAAAGAAAAAGUGAUAGACCUCAGUAGCAAACCUACAAGGAUAGAAAGGCUACAGUAAAUUUUUUCAGUUUACUCAAUAUGCUGCUUAAGUGACUCUGGAAAUGUGUAUGCAAUAAGUUUCUGAAUAAAAGUGAACAUUUAUAAAGUA